AUGCCCUUUCUUCAAAUCCACCGACAAAACCACGAUAGCAAGUCGGUAAAACACAAUCAAAAUAUAUCAAAGUCACACAAGCGACGAAGGCACCAAUCCGUCCACAAGAACCACCGAUACGAAGAUGAAAAUAGCCAAACCGAUGAUGAAGGACCCGAUCCGGCCAAAGAACUCAUAUAUCUGUCGGUGCUCCUGGAGACCCACCAAAUGUCCACCUCUGAGCGCCUUGCGAGUAUGUAUACUCUGGAAAGAGCAUACAAGAACCGACCGGAAAGCUUGAUAUCGGAUUACAAGGCCAUCUGCAAGGACGAGCUGGAAACUCUGAUAUCGGAUUACAAGGCUCGCAGCGAGGAAUUUCGAAAGGAGCACGUGAAUGAGCUUCAGCUCGAGUAUGUGGAAAAGUUAAGGACACUGAAGGGCUACAACAAGAACUGCAGAGAUCUGGAGGCCUCGAUAGAGAGAUUCAGGAACCUCAUCUGUAAGGAUAAACAAGAUGUGAUGGAAUUGGAACGUAAGGCAUUGAACGAGUAA